AUACAAUCCUCCCAAGUUCUUUAACCUCCUCUUUCACUCCGUCGGCUGCGACCACGAAGUACUUAAGCCGCCUUUGUCUCUUCUUGCAGCCUCCCAAACCCUUCGAUCAACAACAUCCGACCGCACCGACCGCACCGACCGCGGUUCAACUCCCACCCCGCAGAACAACUUCUCCAACCUCCGCACACCCAUAUCAGACAUUCGCGCACCCAUAUCCGGCAUCAUGGAUCAGCGUGAGCUCGAGACCCGCCUGAAGGCUCUGCAGAAAGCAGUCAACGAGAAGGAUUCACCUUCGACGAUAAUUUCCAUCCUGCAGACCUUGCAGAAGGAGGUGGUCCCAACCGAGGAGUUGCUGCGGGCCACCAAAGCCGGUGUUGUUGUGUCAAAGCAGAAGAUGAACGCGAACAAGGACAUUGCUAGGCUUGCUGCAGAGAUCGUUGCUAAGUGGAAGAAGACUGUCACUGCGGAUCAAGAGGCUAGGAAGAAAAAGAUGGCCGGAUCCUCACCGCCAAAGGCACAGUCGCCGGCCGCGGCCAACGAGCCUCAGAAAUUCACUGGAGAUGUCCAAAAGAGAAGAUGGGAGAUGGAGAAGGUUGAUACCAAGCGCACUGGCAUCCCGACCCGAGAUGCUUGCAUCGGACUCCUGUACAACGGUCUUGCCUAUAUGUCAACCGAGCCGUCUGUCCAUGUCGUUAUCAAGGCCAUGGAGGUCGAGGCCGCAGCAUAUGAUACUUUCAAAGGCGAAACCCCCCAGUACAAGGCUAAACUCCGAUCCCUCUACCAGAACCUCAAAGCGAUCUCCAACCGAGAGUUGGGCCCUCGAGUUAUGUCUGGCGAGAUCACUGCAGCUCAGUUCGUUGUCAUGACCCACGAGGAGUUGAAGUCUGCCGAGCGCAAGAGAAUCGAUGAGAAGUUGGAGGAAGAGAACAUGAAGAAAGCUCAGGUCCCGAUGGCGGAGAAGAGUAUCAGCGAUGCCCUCAGAUGUGGAAAGUGUGGACAGAAGAAAGUCAGCUAUACUCAAGCACAGACACGCAGUGCAGACGAGCCGAUGACUACGUUCUGCGAGUGCACUGUUUGCGGAAACCGCUGGAAGUUCUCGUAAACGCUCGAGAAUCUCUGCUGCGCGGUUCUGCUUCUGAGUGGAACAAGUCGACCCUUCGCUCUGAACUUUGCGACCGAAACCCCAAUGACAACUCCUACUUCGCUCUGGUCUUUUGCUACGACUUCAGAUAAUGACUUCCCCUUUGCUCUUGUCUUUCUCCAACUUCCGGUGACGACUUUCGCUUCGCU